UCUGGAAAUCGAAAACAAAUAUCAUCUUGUUUGCAUUCACCGUAACUGGCCACGGGUACAUCGAUUCAUUGUGUGUUGCGGUUGCGUUUGCGGCGGGAAAUCACUGAUGAUGUUGUGUCUUCCAAAUCGAUUGCUUAGACAAAAGCAAUCUUUCGUAGAAUACUUAUUUUCGUACUAAAAUUCCAAACCGAUCGCAAACAACGCGAGCAGCAAGGGUGUGUAGUUGCGAAUCACUAUUUACUUUCGUUCGCGACACACACGUGCGCUUAUCAGCACAGAACUCGGUUGGAACAACUUCGCGCCGUAUUUAUAAAAGUGCAAUCUGCACAAGCGAAACACUAUUUGUCUUCCAUCAAUCACCGCGAGCAGUGCGCGAUUUGUUGACUCAGCGCGAUCGCGAACUAACGCGCAGUAUAUAACGCGAGAAUCUUAGACUUUGAAAUCACAGUUCGCCGCAGAACGCGAGAGCAACAGCAAAGGCAAAGUGCAAGUUGCGUUCUUAACCUAUAUCGGUCAACGGCAAUAUGGCUUCGAAGCUGUUCGUGUUAGCCUUCCUGUGUGUCGCUUUGGUAAUGGUUGUGCAGAGUGCACCGCAGUAUGCCCGCGGCGACGUGCCAACUUAUGAUGAGGAAGAUUUUGACGAGGAAUCGUUAAAGCCCCACUCCUCAUCGUCAAGUGACGAUGGUGAGGAAGAGUUUGAUCCAAGCCUUCUCGAGGAACACGCCGACGCUCCCACCGCUCGGGAUCCCGGAAGGAACCCGGAAUUCCUCAGAAAUUCCAACACUGACGAACAAGCAUCUGCUCCGGCAGCGUCUUCUUCGGAGUCGGACGAAUAAUUGCAGGAGCAUCAAAUAUGUUAUAUCACGGAAUAUGUAGAACACAUUUAAGCAUCAAUAAAAUUACAGAAACGGUAUUACACCUA